AUGUUUACUGUCUUUCAGAAAUGGAUAAAGUUUAAAAGGGAUUUUGAAAAUUUUAAAACAGCCUGCAUACCAUGGGAAAUGAAGAUUAAAGAAGUGGAAAGUCACUUUGGAUCAUCUGUUGCCUCCUAUUUUAUAUUCUUAAGAUGGAUGUAUGGUGUGAAUCUAGUUCUCUUUGGCCUAAUAAUUGGACUUGUUGUAAUUCCAGAGAUUUUAAUGGGUCUACCGUAUGGCAGUUUACCUCGAAAGACAGUUCCUAGGAGUGAAGAGAAAACUGCUAUGGAUUUCUCCGUGCUUUGGGACUUUGAGGGUUAUGCCAAAUAUUCUGUUUUGUUCUAUGGUUUCUACAACAACCAACGCACAAUCGGAUGGUUGAAAUUCAGACUGCCGCUUUCCUAUUUUAUGGUCGGUGUUGGUGUUUUUGGAUACAGUCUCAUGGUUGUUAUUAGAACAAUGGCAAGUAAUGCCAAUGAAAACACUGCUGAUGGAGAUGAUGGGAAUUUCAAUUUCAGCUUUAAAAUGUUUACUAGCUGGGAUUAUUUGAUUGGAAACCCAGAGACAGCAGAUAAUAAAUUUGCAUCAAUAACAACUAGCUUUAAGGAAUCUAUUGUAGACGAAGAGGAAAGUAAUAAGGAUGAAAACAUUCAUCUCACUAGAUUCCUUCGGGUCCUAGCCAAUGUAAUGAUAAUAUGCUGCUUGUGUGGAAGCGGUUACCUAAUUUAUUUUGUUGUAAAGCGUUCACAGACUUUCUCCAAGAUGCAGAAUGUGGGAUGGUAUGAAAGAAAUGAGGUUGAGAUUGUAAUGUCUUUGCUUGGAAUGUUUUGCCCCCCUUUAUUUGAAACAAUAGCAAAUCUAGAAGAUUACCAUCCCCGUGUGGCUCUAAAGUGGCAGCUUGGUCGAAUUUUUGCUUUAUUCCUUGGUAACCUUUACACCUUCUUACUAGCUCUGAUGGAUGAUGUCAAUGAAAAACUAGCCCAAGAAGAGGUAAUAAAGAACAUCACUCACUGGACACUAUACAAUUAUUACAAUGCUUCCGCACUUAUAAAUGGUACUGAUACUACACCACCACCUCUGCAUCCAGCCGAUGUGCCCAGGGGACCCUGUUGGGAGACCAAUGUUGGAGUUGUAAGCAAAUUUUGCUUUUAUACUAUGUAUCAUUUUGCAGCCUUGCAAUUAUACAGGUUUAAAUGUAUUUAA